AUGACUGUGUACGGGAAUGUGGGGAAAAAGAUUGCUUCUUUGCAAAAAAGAUUGGAGUGGUUGGAGUUGCAAGCUACUUCACCAGAUGUUAUCAGAGAUCUUAGAGAAACUAGAGUGGAGCUGAAUUGCUGGCUUGAUAAAGAAGCUGCCAUGUGGAAACAAAGGGCAAGGUUGAAUUGGUUCCAGGAAGGAGACAGAAACACCCGUUUCUUCCAUGCUAGGGCUUCGACCAGGUUUCAAAAGAAUUUAAUUGAGGGGAUUUUUUAUGCAAAUGAAGUGCGGCAGGUUGAUCAAGAGGAGAUUGAGAAGGUUUUCAUUAAGUAUUAUUUGGACCUGUUUACAUCUUCUGAACCCUCAGAGUUUGCCGAAAUUGUGGAGGCCGUGCAACCAAAGAUGACCCAAUCCAUGAAUGCUAUGCUAAGAAGGGAAUUCCAAGCAAGUGAAGUGCACAAACCUCUGAAACAGAUGUAUCCUUUAAAAGCUCCUAGCCCUGAUGUGGCUUUUGAGACGAUGCAUCAUAUAAAUUUGAAGAAAACAGGGACUACAGGUGAGAUGGCUCUCAAGCUUGAUAUGAGCAAGGCUUACGACAGGGUGGAGUGGGCAUGCUUAGACAAAAUUAUGGAGAAAUUGGGGUUUCACUCAAGAUGGAGAAGAUUAAUGAUGCAAUGCAUUUCUUCAAUCACUUAUGCUGUCCGUAUUAAUGGUAAACCUAGCGGUCACAUCAUCCCCACUAGAGGGCUUCGUCAAGGUGACCCGCUAUCUCCUUACUUAUUUCUGCUAUGUGCUGAAGGUCUUUCUGCACUAAUCAAAAAAGCCACAGCUGAUGCCACUAUUGAGGAGUGUGACGUCAUACAAAGGAUAUUGAGCACGUAUGAGGAAGCAUCUGGCCAACAGCUGAACCGAUCCAAAACUUCUCUGUUUUUUAGCCCUAACACAGCUAAGGAGAUCCAGGAUGAGAUAAGAAUUCAGUUUGGUGCUCAAGUGAUCCGUCAACAUGAGAAGUACUUGGGUCUUCCAUCUUUGGUGGGAAGGAAUAAGAAGAAUAUUUUCAAGGAAGUGAAAGCAAAAUUGGCUAAGAAAUUGGCCGGUUGGAAGGAAAAAUUGUUGUCUAAAGCCGGUAAAGAAGUCCUGAUUAAAGCUGUAGCCCAAGCUAUUCCAACGUACACUAUGAGUUGCUUUAAAAUUCUUGACUCUCUUUGUGAUGAGAUGACAAGCCUGAUCAGGAAUUUCUGGUGGGGGCAGUGCAAGAAGGAACGGAAAAUGGCAUGGAUUAGUUGGGAGAAACUUUGUGCUCCUAAGGCCUGUGGAGGUAUGGGUUUCAAGCAAUUAAAACAAUUUAAUCUGGCUAUGCUAGCAAAACAAGGUUGGAGGCUCCAGACCGAGACUGAUUCUCUAGUGUAUAGAGUUUUUAAGUCCAAAUAUUUUCCUAAUUGUGAGUUUGUUGAUGCUAGUCUAGGUAGAAAUCCUUCCUUUGCAUGGAGGAGUAUAAUGGCUGCCCAAGAUAUACUUCAAAAAGGCAAACGGUGGCAAGUUGGUAAUGGUCAUAGCAUAAUGAUUUGGAAGGAUAAAUGGUUGCCCUCUCCCUCUACUUAUGAAGUUGUCUCCCCGGUAAACUACAUACCCGAGGAUUCUAGAGUUGCAGAAUUGAUUGAUGAAGAGAAGGGUGCUUGGAAAACAGAUUUGGUGAGUAACAUUUUCUUUCCUCAUGAAGCGGAUUUGAUCUGUGGUAUUGCUUUGUGUGCCAAUCUACAAGAAGAUAAGCAGGUGUGGGUGCUGACAAACAAUGGUCCUUUUAGCAUCCGUAGUGCUUAUAAACUUGCUAUGGAGAUGAGAUCAGAUGCACAGGUGGAAUCCGGGUCUGAUGGAAGUCAUUUGAGGAGGUUCUGGCGGUCUAUUUGGAGCUGCAAUAUCCCACACAAGAUCUGUCAUUUUGCGUGGAGAGCCUGCAAAGAUGUGUUGCCCAUCAAAGAGAACCUAGUCAAACGGAAAGUACUCUCGGACAGCUGUUGUGAUGAGUGUAAAUUGGCUGAAGAAACAUCAGGCCACCUCUUUUGGAGUUGUCAAAGAGCCCGUGAAAUUUGGUGUUUGUCUGCUCUGUUUCAAGAAUCUCGGAUCUAG